UUCUUUCAUUUCGUUUUUGUACGCUGCCAUGAUAGUUACCCUUGAACUGUGGUCGCUACUCCAUUUGAGCACCAGUGCGAUUUUAGAUGUUGGUUCAAUUAUUUCUUGGAGUACUUGUAGCUUUUAUUUAAAUCUCUUCUUGAUAAAGGAACUUCAACUGAUUUCAUCUAGUGGAUUACAUCGGAAUUUUUUCAAACUGUUCAGGUUUUUUGCGGAUAUAAGGUAGCUGCCACACGAGGCUAAAUGGCGCGAUUGUUAGGCAUUCGGCGCCUUGAGCCCGUGGUUGACCUCAACCCCUCCGAUUCGACUGCAAAUCUCACUUCAUACAACCAGGAUCAAGACUACUUUCAGAAUCCCACAUUCGAAGACGAUUAUGAAACAGCGAGUGUUGAAUGGCGUGCUUCAUCACCGGCUGUCUCCAUUUCUCUUGAAAACCCUGUCAGUACCACAACACCAACAAAUAACAACAACAACAACAACAACAUUAACAUCAGUAAUCAGAACCAGACGAAAAAAUCACUCGUACCCACGGAUUCCGGAAUCAUCAUUUGUGGUCCAAAAUCUUCUACAGACGAUUCUUCCUCUGUCGGAGGGAAGAGCUUGGACUCGGGGGUGGGCGAGACGGGUGCCAGGGGCAGCAUCGUUUCCAUCGGCAGCAUCAAAUCUCUCCAAUCUGUCAGCGGCUGGUCCCGUUCCAGGCUUUCCAGAAACAGUCUGAGAAGCAUCAAAGGAGAACCAGAACCAUAUCAGCAAGAGACAUUGCUUGCCAUCUGUGUUCAAAUCUUCAUACCUUUCCUCAUUGCUGGCAUGGGAACGUGUGGUGCUGGCAUCGUGCUUGACUAUGUAGAGGGUUGGACAGUUUUCAAAAGAGUAACGGAGAUAUUUAUCUUAGUUCCUACUCUUUUGGGCUUGAAGGGCAACCUCGAAAUGACACUGGCUUCCAGAGUUUCCACACAAGCAAACCUGGGAAAUCUGGAUUCCUUAAAACAAAAAUGGCAAAUGUCCUGGGGUAACAUGGCACUGAUACAGUGCCAGGCCACAGUCAUGGGAUUUCUUGCCGCUGCUUUUGCUACAUCUAUGAGCAUAGCAAACAGCGGAUUCAACCUAAGUAAUGCUUUGCUUUUGUGUGCCAGUUCACUAUUCACAGCAACUAUAGCUAGUUUAGUCUUAGGUUCUAUAACUCUCGCCGUAGUAAUAUUUUCGCACAAAUUCAAUAUUAACCCUGACAAUGUCGCUACUCCAAUAGCAGCAUCUUUGGGCGACGUCACGACUCUUGGUAUACUGGCGGCUAUCAGCAGCUACUUGUACCAGAUAAAAGAAAAUUAUGUACCUCCCUCUAUCAUAAUUGGCAUAUUUGUACUCCUGAUACCUGUAUGGAUAUACCUUUCGUACAAAAAUCCAUUUGUAAGACAAGUAUUAUAUUCAGGAUGGGUUCCUGUAAUCACGGCCUUGCUUAUUACAAGUGCUGGAGGUUACAUUUUGGAGUUUUCAGUAUCCCAAUUCAAAGGGUUUGCCAUAUUCCAACCAGUAAUAAAUGGUGUUGCUGGCAAUUUGGUGGCCGUCCAAGCUAGUCGAAUAUCGACAUAUUUCCAUCAGAUGAGUGAGAAACCGGGGACACGACCUCCAGAUGGUUCAUCCAUAUGUGUGUCGCCUUUCUACGCAUUUUUUGGAAAAUGUGUCCAUGCCCGAACAGCUCGCAUUUUGAUGUUAAUGGUCAUUCCAGGGCACCUGUUGUUUGGCUAUGGUAUCACUCUCAUCAAAGGGGGCAACACGGUGCUCACACCCACAUUUUUGCCUAUUUAUCUCAUUUCAGCAUUCAUACAGAUUGCUAUCCUGCUAUAUAUAGCCCAGUGUCUGAUCCAGAUACUAUGGCGACUCAAAAUAGAUCCAGACAAUUCUGCCAUUCCUCUACUUACAGCAUUGGGCGACUUAAGUGGCAUGACGUGCCUCACAAUAGCAUUCUACAUUCACCGUGCCGUCGUGUAGAUCUAGCAUUCAUUUCUAAGAUAAAAAAAAAAUCCUCUAAGGACUCAAGUGCUGGUCAUUCUACAGAUAAAUGCACAAAUGAACUGCCCAAGGAAGAAAAAGGAGCAUGAAGCUUCUGCAACGGAUGAAAAGUUAUUAAUGAAUUUUUGCCAAAAUUUGUAACUUACUUUACACCAUCUUAACCCUGCUUGAAGUAUUUAUAAAUGUUUUAAGAAAAUUUUUAAGAAUUUUUAAAAUUUUUAUAAAUUUUUGUAAUGUUUGUUAUGAUUUAACUUGAAAAUAGUGUAGAUUGUUGAGAUUAAAAUUGUUAAUCGUUAAUGGGAACCAUUGUUAUUGAAAGAUGAUUAAUUGAGCAAAUAAAAAUGUUAACUGUAACUGUCUUCCUCGGUGAUAUUUCGUUAAAAACUGUAUUAAAAGUUGAAUAACUUCUGAAAGGAAUUAAAAGUCGGGCAUUUAUUUUGAAGCGACGUAUUGUUUUUACAUUGUAUAUUUAGUGCAUAGCCAGUGCAGAUUUUCUGUGAUAGUUGUUAGUGUAUUAUUUUUUAAGCUGUAUAUUUUGUAAAACCAUGUUCUGCUUUUUCUUGUCGAAUUAACUAAUAUUUCACUUGCAAACUAGGUAUGUAAGGCUGCUUUGAACACGCUUUCUUAAAAUAUGCAGCAAUUAUUUGCAAUUUUAGCAAUUUAAAUUUGAAUAUUUUUCAGCUAAUUGAUUAAUUGAAUCCAAGAUACUUUUUUCUGAAAAUUUCUGAUGAUCCUUUGUAGCAUGUUAUAAAAGAAACUAAAAUGACAUUGUUUGCAUUUUGUAAUAUUCUUGUGUAUUAGAAUUAAAAAUCUUACAAUUAUUCCACAUAAAUAAUGAGUAAAGUUUGUAAAUAAAAUUCGAAAUUGCCUAUAGAGCACUCUGUACAAAAUCAUUGUACCUUUUGUUGAAGAAUAAAUUUGUACCUGAAUA